GUUCAAAGACAAGAGCACUUCCUCAAGCGCAGUCGUGCAGGAAUGUUCAUAAAUAUCUAUGCGACAAGCGUGUAGUAAGACCAAAGAGCAACGGUCCAAAAGAACCCUCGCGACGGACACCGCGGGCUCCUUAGGUUGCAUUCUGGAAACGCCUCCGUCAGACGCCGCAUUCUUCACAUCCACAACCUGCAGCCCUUGAUCUCUUGGACUUGUAUUAAACCAUCUCUUUUCCGCUGUACCGCAAGGGUACACAUACUUUCAUCAAUCACCAGCAUGCAGUCAAAAGCUGCAGACUCAGAGCGUCAACCGCGUUCUACCGGCAGCUCGUCAACGUCGACCUCAACUGCAUAUGUUGCGCCGUCAGGGUCUUCCGCUGGAGGCAUGGUGGCGGGCGCAGGCGCCAGCUCUGGACCUGGACCUGUAGUACAAGCCAUUCCACCACCCCAAGCGAUGUCCAGGGCUGCUCAGCAAGAAGCAGCUCUAAGACAGGAACUCGCGGCGGGGAUCAUUAUGCCUGGGCCCUCGUCGGCCACUUCGCGGCAUGCCGGACUACCUGGAACCUCCGCUCCAACUCCGGUCAGUCUGUCCGUCCCACGUAAUCUGAGCGUGAAGCAGGCAGCAGCAUUGCCGACAGAUUCGGCUCCACCACUCUUCUCGAGCUCCCUCAAAGCCGGGGGGUUGCAACGAGGGCUUAAGACGCAAACUGGGAAGCUGGUUGCCGCUGGGAACCCGGUCGUAUCUAAACCGAGCGCCAAGCGGAAUGCUACGAGCAGUACACCCAGUCUCGCUCCUGGACUGAAAGGGACUCCAUCCAGAUCGGUGCGCUAUUCACUGCCAAGCCGUGUCGACAAGCCAGUGCGGAGCAGCAAAGUCACAGGCAAGCACGUCGUCUUGCCAUCUGAGAGCCAGCUUGCACCGUUACCAGAGAGCGAGGAGAGCAGCGAUGGCGGAGACGAGGAGGAAGAUGAUGAACAAGCAGGGCUAUUCAUGCACCCCAUGCUUCCUCCUGCUAUUGUCGCGCGUGGUGCUUCGGACCAGCGAUCGUCACCAGAUCAAGGGUGUCGCCCUUUCAAACGUCCCUGGCGACCGAUCGAAAACGCUCCUGGUUAUCCGGCUCCAACACUACAAAAGCCUUCGCGACAUACUAGAGCUCCCCCAAGAGUCCCAAGGACGACUGGUCCUGCUUACCAUACAUUCGAGCGUAUGGCCCCGUCCACCAGGAUCAGCACCCCUCUGCCCCGCUUGAGCUCCUACGCAGUGGGCACAGACCUUCACCUUCCUACAUUGAUAGGGUUUCUACGGAGAGAGCACGGCGUCAAGCCUAGGCUCUAUGAUGAAUGUGUCUACGUACAGUAUUUCAAGCCACUUCUUCCGGGGUUUGGCAAGGCAAAUAUUCGUAGUGCACCAGAGCCUCGGAGCGGAAGUCCAGGAGCAGAAUCUAGGAUUGAGAGGGAGCUGAUCGAGCGAGAAGAGAGUGGCUAUGUCGGAAGUUAUUUUGCGCAAGAAAGUGAAGAAGGCACUGAGAUGGACGACGAUGGUUACAUCAAGGGCGGUGAAGGGCAAUCUGGCGAAGAAAUUCAGCAAGCUCGCAGAGAGCCUUCUGCGGGUUUUGCACUGAAUGAAGGGCCCAGUCGUGCUGAAGAUGCCAGACACUUCGCAUACACGUCUGAGACAGACGAAUCAGACGCGGAGCGUGUCAACGCGGGCCCUUCUGAUCCCUUCCGUGUAGUGCAGCCUGAUGCCACUAGCAGCAGCAAAAGUCAAGAUAGUGAAGCAGAUACUUUCGCUGGUCAGGCGAGCGCCGACUCCAAAACCGAGCCACUUUAUCCAUCUAGUCCGUCGAGCGGAACUCCUACUCUGCUCGCUGCUUCACCUCCACAGCCAGCAGCAAAACAUCAUGCAAGCGAGGACCAUCAAGUGGAGGACCACCAAGGCAUGCUCUUGCCUUCGCCAUCAACCAGGCACGAUGGGGAGACAUCACUCGCGACCAAAAAGCCACGCUAUCCCAAGCGUAAUAUGGCAUCGCACAAUCACGACACGUCCGCAAACUAUCUCACGACUCGCUCUAUUCUGGAGGCCCUCCAGGUGGGCGAAUUGGUCAUCCUUCCCUACGGUGUCGUCGUGAUGUUCAACUUCACGGCCGCUGAAGAGCGUCAGAUCAUCGAAGAUAUGAUUUCGACAGGGUGCGUUCGGGGUGUUCUGCGACAAGACGAUGUGGAGACCGAGGCUUUCCAUUUCUGCUAUGAUCCCGCUAUUCCUGCACCACGCAUCUUCAACGACUUUUUCACUUUCCGGACGUCGAAUCAUCUUCUCAAGUUAUCACUUGCCCAUGCCAUUGCCCAAUCUACGAAGCUGAGCGUCUUCGAGGAAAGCAUGCAACGCACACUCGAGCUCACGAGUCACAUUCCGCGGGAGCUUGCCUCAACUGGCGUGCUGCAACUCAAGCGCCGAGAGGCGCUGCGGAUGACAGGCCGUCUCUUCAAGCUCAGAGUCGAUGUCAACCUGACCAGUAAUGUCUUGGAUACGCCAGAGCUCUUCUGGAGUGAAGCAAGUUUACAGGCGUUAUACACAGCGAUUCGAGAAUAUCUCGAAAUCGAUCAGCGCGUAGAAAAUCUCAAUGAAAGACUUGCGGUAGCAAAUGAUCUGCUCGACAUCAUCCACGAACACAUCUCGAACGAAGCCAUGAGUAAGAUUACUCUUAUCAUCAUUAUACUUAUUCUAGUCGCCUGCGUCGUUGCAUGCGGCGAAAUUUCUGCUCGACUUGUGCUGCACGCCCGAGAUGCUCGUUCAAGGUCAGCGCAUGUCUUUUGCUGAUACAUCCUGAAUGUUCAGAUCAUCGCAGGCAACGACAUUCGCUUGAUGCGGUUAUGUAGCCUCGAAGAAAAGCCAUGUAACGGUCAUUGGGCACCAGGCCGCGAUUGAACCAUCAGCGACACCUAUCUCAGUUAUCAAUGAUUUACUACAAAUCACGUCAGACUGGGAGAAGGACGGCAAACCCCCGCUCAUUUGAUCAUUCGUGGACUAUAGUUGUAGGGAUGAGAAAGUCGUCGCUCGCAUACCUCGGCGUAGUUGUGUCGUAUACCCAUUCAUCAUAGUUUAACUUCUUGUAGCCCGUGUAACUUAUUAUGUGGAGCUACAUAGCGGG